UAAACAUAGAAAGCCUUGAACACAAAAAUAACAUCCGACCACCUUUGUUUAUCUCAGUAAAACAAUUUUUGGGAAACAAGGAAAACAAGCCUGGACAUGUCCAGCAACCUCCCGCCACCCGCUCCAACGUCGGUCUUUUGCGUUGUGCCUAAAACAAAAUCCGGGUAUAUCAGGAUCAGACUGGAGGAAUCAGAUACAUUUCCCUGGUAAGUUAGGCUUCCAUAUGAAAGGAGCUUUUUCUUCUGUUGAAGGAUUUUUGCAGGUCAAACUUCCUGCACAGUGAUCAGCUUCAGGUCCAUCUGAGAACUAAUUGUAAAAACCAGUCUUCCUUUAUCUACAUUCUACAAAUGGAUCAGGAUGAAGAGUUGUGGAAGCCAGAGAGCUGGUACCCACCGCUAGGUCCGCCCAAAAGCACCAAGAAGGACUUACUUCGGGAUGAAGACUUCACAGAGGUGGACAAGGCAGCCAAGGAAUCUCCAAGUUCAUUAAACGAAAGUUUUGACAGACUUGUCCACCACCUCACUAGUUCUUUGAAGUCCGAUCUGCACAAGUUAAGAGCCAUUUUUGCUUGGAUGGGUGCUCAGAACAUCGGUUGUAAACAACAGAAUGAAAGCGUCUGUGACAGAGACAGUCCGAAAUACUACUUAAAGAUGGCACAUGUAAAUAGCACAUUCAUCGCUAAACUUUUUGCCAAGAUGUGCAGAGUCGCAAGAAUUCCAUGCAUACUUGUAAAAGGCAAGGCAAAGGGAGCUUCUUACGACCCUGGAGACGAUGACAUUGAAGUAGACAAUACCUGGGCAGUUGUUUACGUGGCUGACAGCUGGCGGUUUGUGCUCCCUCACUGGGCCUUUGUAAAAGUAUAUGGCCACCAAAAGGGAAACUGGAUGUUGGUUGAGGAUUCUGGAAAAGCUGUAAGGCAAAGAUUCACAGCAAGUGCAGGUGUGACGAUUUCUGAAUUUGAUGAGUUUUAUUUCCUGACUGACCCUAAGGAGAUGUGCUAUAUUUGUCAUCCCCACGACAAAGAGAAACAACUGCUGACUGUGCCAUGGACAAAAGAGAAGUUUUUUACUUCGCCUCACUUCAGGCAGUCUUACUUCUCAUCUGGUUGGCGGCUAAAAACAUCUUCCGAGUGUGUCAUAAGGCCUGAAGAUGGAAGGAAAACUAUCUACUUCCAUAAUCAGCAAAAAGAGUCGACACUAAAGUACAAACUGUUUUACGAUGAGGAACGUUCUGGAAAAACAUUUCCCCAAGAGCUUCAAACACAGGAUUACAUAAGAGGAACAGUACAGAAUUCCUUGGCGAUGAGAAUUCCUGUGACUGGAACAUAUAAACUUAAAGUGAGUGGACUUAAUCAAUAUCAGGAAUUGCCCCUGGUAGAAUUCCGUAUUAUUGUCUGUGACAAUGAAUCAUUACCCUUUCCCUCUGCCCCGGAAACUAAAUAUGGUUUUGGAGAAACAGCGGCUGAAGCUGGUUUAUCGGAGCCUUCCUAUACAGAGGGCUUUGUGCCAGUCAAAAGUGGCGAAGAAAAGAAGUUUGACUUCAAAGUUAAAGAAGACGUGGACAUUGCAGCCAAACUGGUCCACUCCACUCGGACAACGGAAGAGCUUCGGGACAACGUCAGCGUUCGUAGAGACGAAGAUAAUGCAAUAGUUACUGCGAAACUUCCGGCCGACGACCCAAAGCCAGAAUAUUCUUUGGAAAUCGAUACCAUUAAAAAGACAGAAGGAGGACAAAGAUCAGAGAAAGAGACAACUAAUGCCUUGAACUACCUGCUGACCAGUGACAAGGCUUUGACUGAUAGCUUGACCGAUGAGACAGAACAGAAGAAUCUACAGGUCUGGGUAAACGUUUGUGACGGUCUUGCAAAAGAUGAUGCAAGAGAGUUAGAAAAAGUUGCAUGUCGAAUGUCACUAUUUGGAGUAGAAAAUGCGGAUUUAGAAGAAGAAAUACAAACCAGAAGACAAACCUAUAAACAGCUGCGAAAAGAUGCUCUUGCUGCGGCCAAGGAUAGAAACUUUGACCAGUUGAAUCGUGCCCUUAGAAAAUGCGUGGCUGUCAACCUUCAGUACAGAGGAGACGUGGAGGCUGCCAUGGACAUAUUGAUGGAGCUGUGCGAGAAAGAAAUACGUAAAGUCCUUAAAGAGGUCAAACUUGAAGAUCUCCGUGAAUGUUUGAACAAAAUGUUGAAAACUUGUGUUGGAGAGACUUUGCGGGAAAAAGUCUGGUUCCAGAAUGCAUUGCAGACACAACGGGAUAUUGAAGCUUUUGAGGACAGCAAACAGAAGAUGCAGCCAGAAACGGAUGAUGACCUGGCAAGUGUUUACAAACCUCCUGAAAAAGUGGUAGACAUCAUCAUUGCUACAUUUGUCUUAAUCGGAGAAAGUAAAACCGAACUCAAUACCUGGCGAAAUAUAUGGGCAAAACUGCAAAAAACAAACGAGUGUCAGAUCUUCGACAGGUUGGGCAGUUUUGACGACUCUGUGCUCACUCAAGAACAGGUGGACGAGGCAGAGAAGAGGUUGAAAAAACAUGACGGGGCGUUCAGCGACAAUAUCAUAGCCAAAACUCUUUACGAAUGGUGCUCCGACAGAAUUAAAUUCUACCGACUGAGAGAGAAGCUCAACGGGAGAAACUAACUUCGUAAAAACAAAAGAUUAGCAAGGACCGAGAAAGAAGCUAUAAAUCAGGAACUGAUCGACAGAUUAUUGAAUUUUCAGAGACUGGCAUCAUUGCCAUCUAUUUGUUGUUACUAGAGCUUUUCUACAUCAUGUGACAUUUAAUAAUGCCAUUUAAUUACACGAAAAAUUUAUUUAUGACAGAUAGGAAUAUUACAGCUUUGAACUUUCUUCCCAUCAACCAAAUAUAUUUUGUAGCCAUAUAAAACAUCGCCUUGAGGUAGCAAGGCUAUUAUACUUGGGUAUCUCCCGUAAUUAAACGUUUGUUGUGUUUCGUAUGCAAGAUAUUAAGUUUAAAUGUAUACCACUUCUCCCUUUUUUCUUGUGCUUAUAAUCCUGACAAUACUUAAUUUUCCCUCCUAGAUCAUCUGAAAAGUUUUAAAGGUAGUUAUAAUAGUGGUAGAAGCCAAUGUAGCAUUUUGUUGUUAUGCGGUGUUUCCUUAAAUAAAUUUGGUUCUGCUUGUAAAACAGUAGCUAAAAUAUCCAUUAAUUAUUGCUGUUUCUUACCCUAGUAGCACUGGAGGGAGGGGCCAUAUAGGACCAUCGCCCAAAGCGCAAACGGGUCCUCUAGUGGGCAUAUAUGGGCUUCCCAUAUGGGAAACCCAUCUGAACCCAGAUAUCUUUUCCAGCUACUAUUGGUAAUUUUAUGUAUUUUGGCACAUUCUGAUUUACAUUGUUUUUAAAUCAGGAUAUGCCAAAAUUCCUAGAACUACCAAUAAUAUCAAACACAUCAAAAUAACCAUAUAAAUGCUUUAUAAGUGUAAUGUAAGUGAGCUUUAGCUUUCUUUCAAUUCAUUUUUUUUAAAAAGUAAGGCAAGGGAAUAAUGAAUAAGGCUUAAAUUAAUGAGGAUGUUUAUAAAACAUGUCUUUUACUAGCAGUACAAUUCUGAUUCUAACUUGCUUUUGUGAGGCCACUUUCAUAGCAGAAAAAGGGAAGUAACAAAUGAGCGUAGAUUCCCUACAUGUUCACUCCCCUUAUGCAAACAUCCGUAUUUUUUUCACUGAGAAUAAACUUUAAUUAAGUUAAGGGUGGCUUAUUUAAAUGUUGAUGCUUACUGUAUUGUUACUUUAUGUGUUUUUUGUGUUCCUAUUUUUUUAAAAUUUUUCCAGUUAAUUUUAUUCCUUAGUGUAUUUUGAAUCUCGAUGUCACAAGCGAUCAAUUAUAAAUAAACUGUU